CAGCGCCGAUUGAACGAGCGGAGGGGAGCUCAUUUUCAGAGCGCAUGAUUGUGUUAGAGGGGCUUCACUAGACUGUCACCGGUGAGAGAGAGAGAGAGGGAGAGAGACAGUAAAGCCAUUUCUACCACGCCUUUAAAAGUAGAUAAUCUACAUAAGAGAAGACUGGGGUGUGUGGACCACCCCUCCCACCCCCUCCAAACUAGCCUUGCUUGAGUUUUUCAAAGGGAAAGUGGUUUUAUUUUUAUCCUAAGGAAGAGGGACUCUUCCUGUGGACCCGAGCAGCGGUAAGAUUCCGCUGCCCGCCUCUAUGUGCGUAAAAUAAAAGUUUAACACACCAAGGAGAUCAUUUGAGAGGUCUGGGAGCUCGGCAAACUCUCCAUUAUACUCUACGGGAAUUUCAAAGCUCAUAGCGGACGCUCAGCUGGAGGAGGAUAUAUAACUUUUCUACUCAUUUUGUGGAGAGACGCGGAGGCGGGUUGGUCUCACGGAGAGCGGAGGAGUCCUCUUCGCUGAGCCGGGAGGAGUGCGCGCUGCGCUGGGUAGCGGACUGACCCAAAGGACGGCACCUCGGAGACAAGGUUAUGAGGGAACUGAGCUGAACAUGGAGCUUUUCUGGAUUUUGUUAUUUUCUAGUGUCUGUCCUCUCGCUUGGGGCCAAGGAGUUUACGCUCCAGCCAACGCCCAGAUCGUGCACUCAGGCGCAGCAUGUAACGUCAAGGAUGAUAACAUCAGUGAGAGAAUCUACACCAUCAAAGAAGGAGACACACUAGUGCUUCAGUGUAUUGUGAAAGGACACCCACGACCACAGGUACGGUGGACAAAGACAGCAGGCAGUGCAUCUGACAAGUUCCAGGAAACAUCCAUCUACAAUGAGACGCUGCGCAUCGAGGGCAUCCAGAGGGUGCAGGGGGGUCGCUACUACUGCAAGGCCGACAACGGGGUGGGGGUGGCUGCCAUCAAGUCCAUCCGCGUAGAUGUGCAGUACCUUGACACACCAGUUCUGACGGUGCACCAGACCAUCAGCGAUGUGCGUGGCAGUUACUACCAGGAGAAGACGGUGUUCCUUCGCUGCACCGUCAACUCCAACCCUCCUGCACGAUUCAUCUGGAAACGUGGGAACAUGCUCAUUGAACAGAGCAAGGACAAUGGGGUGGACAUCUACGAACCACUUUACACUCAGGGGGAGACCAAGGUGCUGAAGCUGAAAAACCUGAGGCCCAAGGACUUUGCUGAUUACACAUGCCAGGUGUCCGUCCGCAAUGUGUGCAACAUCGAAGAUAAGUCGGUCACCUUCAGGCUCACAAAUGCCACAACUCCUCCAAUGAUCCGGCUGUCAGUUAACGACACGGUGGUGGUGGAUCCCGGGCAGGAUGUGCUCUUAACCUGUGAGGUGACUGCAGGUUUCCCCCUCCCCUCUGUGACGUGGUCGCGUUACCCCGGGCCCCUUCCCCUUAGCGCCCAAGUUCGAGGGCCAACGCUGAUUUUGCGGGCCGUCACACCGGCCGACGCGGGGUUCUACAACUGCACGGCUGUCAACAAUGUGGGGAACCCUGCUCGCAAGAACGUCAAUCUUGUUGUCAGGACAAUGAGCAACCUGACCUUCCAGAUUACACCAGACUCCAACAAGGACAGUGAGACCAUCCAAAUGGGUCGGGAUCUCAAGCUGUCGUGCCACGUUGACGCCACCCCACAGGACAAGGUCAACUACACCUGGUAUAAGAAUGGUGCACCUGUCUUCAACUCGGAUAGCCUUAUCCUGCUGCGCAGCGACCCAGACAUGGCACCUGGCACAAGUAGCUUGGAGAUUGUGGACAUGAAGUUCAGAGACUUGGCUACUUACAGCUGUGUAGCAAACUUUCCAGGAAGCAGGGUGCCAGAGCUUCGCGUUGAUGUCAACAUCUCUCAGAACAGUGUUUCUCCUCCAGUGCUGUCAGUUCCACCAGGAGGUCAGCUGGUCAGUGUGCGAGAGGGAGGUAAUGCUGAGCUGGUGUGCUUGGUGGUAGAUGGCAAACCACGCCCACCUAUACUCUGGUCACGGACAGAAAAGGACCUGCUGAUGCCAGGAGGGAAGACCAUGGUGGAGACACCUGAUGGCCGCUUGAGGCUAAAGAACGUCAGCCGAGACAUGAUGGGGCUGUACCGGUGCCAGACUGCUCCAUACAAUGGGCUUAACAUCAAACGCAGAGAGGCACAGGUCCAGCUCAAUGUGCAGUAUGCUCCCAUACUGGACCCAGUCUUCCAGGAUGUGCGUUCUAGGAACUAUCAAAUGGUGACCCUGAGGUGUACGGUCCUGCGGUCAAACCCGCCUCGCCUAAUAGACAUCCGCUGGUUCCGUAAUGGUGACUUAAUCCGCAUGCCCAUGCCAGACCUGAAGGAGACACCAGAGCUGAAGUUUAAGCUGGAACCCACCAACAACGGCUCUUAUGAGUGCCGAGUCAGCAAUAGUGCAGGAAUAUCAAUCUGCACAUUUAAUGUCUCUGCACAACCCUACAAUGCUGAAUUCUACUUCGACACACCCAAUCCAGUCAGAAUCCUAAAAGGAAACAACUAUUCCUACAACCUGCAGUGGACACAGAAAGAUCCUGAGGCCACAGAUCGUAUCAUAGGCUACUGGAUUAAUGUCCGAAAGAACAAGCAGAACCUGCUGUCGAAGCAGAUAGACCUUAAGGGUAAAGAGCCAGAGAAGGGUGUGCUGAUAUCCCAUACCAUAUCAGACCUGAGAAUCCCUCUGUCCUACGAGGUCCGACUGGCCCCCAUCACCACCUACAGCACUGGGGACUACAUCAGUCGCAUCAUACAGUACUCAGAACCCUACACCUACCCAAGACCUUCAGACCAUGUGUGUGGUUUUGAGGAUGAGCGGAUCUGUGGUUUCUCUCAAGACAGGAGUGAUGUUUUUGACUGGACGAGACAGAAUCACCUUACACAGAAUCCCAAGCGUUCUCCCAAUACUGGCCCUGAGACAGACCGCAGUGGAACCAAGGAGGGGUACUACAUGUACAUUGAAGCAUCACGGCCACGUGUUCAGGGGGACAAGGCUCGUCUGCUUUCUCCACUUUUUAAUGUGACCACAGUCAGGGGCCCCAAGGGCUCCGGCAGGGUUCCAUACUGUGUCUCCUUCUACUACCACAUGAAGGGCAAACAUAUCGGCACUCUCAAUGUGCUUCUGAGAGUGAGAAGCAUUGCCUCUGUGGACUCGGUGGUGUGGACGAAGUUCGGUAAUCAAGGCCCGGAUUGGAAGAAAGCAUACUUUGACAUCAGCCCCAGUGGACCCUUUCAGAUUGUGUUUGAAGGAAUUCGAGGCCAGAGUUUCGAGGGGGAUAUUGCCAUUGACGACGUGUCCAUCACAAUAGGGAAGUGCAAGCAGGAGAACACAGUAGCCAGCGCAGGUAAGACAGUUCUGAUUGGUGGAUCGCACUCACUCCCAUUGGCCAGCUGGCUGACCUUUGGCCUCUCCUGCUUCCUGUCGCUACUCUACAGAUGAUGAGCACUUCCCACAACACCACCUGUCUGUAGUGACAGACACUGCCCUGACUCGCGCUCUUUUACUUCUCUCUCUACCCUUUUCCCUGUCCUUUCCUCAACGUACUUGUCUCCCUAACUGUCUGUCCUUCUCCACUCGUUGUCUUUCUAUCCUUCAUGCAUCCAUUUAAUCCUAGUCGCUUAGAUAAAUGGUAACACAAAGUCUUUGUCUAGUUUUUCCUGCUUUGCUUUCUUUGAACCCCCCCAGACACUCAGUAUAACCAACUGACGCUCAUACUGUAUUUAAGGUGAACAUACGUAAUGAUUAGUCAAACUUCAUGUUCUCUCCUUUGUCAAUCUAUUAAUCUGAUUAGAUUCACUUUAUCCAUGUCAGCGUGUCACUUUGUCACCUUUUCCUACCCUUCAUUAACCUUCUUCAUCCAUACAUGCACCCUCUCAUGUAUCUCCAGCCCCCUCAAACCACAAUCCUCGACGGCCCCUCCACCCUAUUCCCCAGACACACCAAAGUGUCGGACACUCUACCAAAGAUGACUAAGGACCUGAGGGAAUAAAACGAGGAAACAGGGAUUCUAAGAAGUAACUGAAAGAGAAAAGAAAGUGCGAAGAAAUCCUUCUUUUUCACAAAGACCGUCUCCCUUCCAACCCAGCCUUUGGGACCAUGGGAGCUACUGAGAUGAUAAAAGAGACGGAUGAAAAAAAAAAACUGAUGAAUGAAUGAAUGAAUAAACAAAUGAAUGGUGAGGAAAGGACAAACCAGAAACAGAGGGGAAAAGAAGAGUGCUCCUGGUAGCCUCUCUGCUUGCCCUCUGCUUGCCACAAGAGACGAACCUCAGUGCGGAUUAUACGUGUACAUUUAUCUCUAUAUAUAUUAAAUAUAACAAAGUUUAAACUAAAACACAACUAGGACAGUGGAGGACUUUACAAAGUGAAAUUAAAGAAGCACAACAUUUAUACAACCUCUGCUGUUCCUUUGAGUUUUCUUCUACUUAUUAUGUGAUGUUGCAAUUUGUCAGACCUAUUCAAUGUUUUUGAUAUUUUGCUUUCUGGUUUUGUUUUGUUUAUGCCGUUAAAAGGGUCAAGGGCAAUGGGUAAUAAAGUAUUAUAUUAAUAUUUAUGAGAGGAAGAGAAGAUGAUUUGUGAUCCAGAACGAGAAUUGAGCAUGAGGAGGCAAAUGCAAGGAUGACCCAAGCCACCUGGAUAGAAACCUUAGCUUUUCUUCACACAUACUGAACACACACACACACACACACACACUCAGACACACAAACUCAGUUUUCCUUGCUGACAUCACAGUCGGGCCCUCAGCUCACCUUCUGCCUCAAACACAUGUUUUAUCUGUGAAUGACACAGAAGGCACAACCACGGAUGGUAGAUGAACGUUCACAUGUCUGCUCCCUUACCAUGAACAUCCCAUCACUGGACAUCGUGACUCAGAUGUCUGGAUUGAUCAGCCACAACAGAAUAGCUGGACAUGUCUCUAAAGAAAAGAGAAGCAUGGUGUGGUACAAGGGGGCGGAAAAGAGCCUGCAGUGAGUUCAGUUGAAUAUAUGAUCAGAGAGCACUUAUUUCUUCACAGGUUAUUGAAUGUUAUGUAUGUAUUCCCCAUACACAGGAGUGAAAGAUGGAGAAGAUAUGUGGCGGGUGUGCAGUGUGGAUUGCAUAUCAGAUUCUCUAUCAUUGUUUAAUUAACAUUGAAUAUAUGUAGUGUAAAAGAUUUUCAUAACCACAUAGAUAUGAUUGUUAAAGUUAAGCAAUACUCAUAUCUAUAGCUCUAUAUACAAUAGUUUAUGAUUGCAUUUAAAUCUUGCUCAAAACAGAUCAUAAUGGGUACAUAUCUCAUGAUUUGUCAGUUCUGAUUUAUAAUUACCAGUGUAUUCACCAUUCAUGAAGUUCCACAAUUACAGCUGUAGCUAUUUUAAUCAUUCAGGGGAUAGUGUGCAUUUUGCUGCACCAGGCUUAAAUGUAUCUUGAGAAAACUCCACAUCCACCAGUCACCCUGCUCCAGCUCCAUUACCAUGUGCAGUCUUUUUAACACCAUAUGUUCUUUUUUCUGUCAUGUCAUGUUGAUUUGAUCAUUGCACUUUUUUUUCUUUUCUUUAUUGUGGUCGAUACAAAUUGCAUUAUUUCAGUCAUAAAUAGUACAUAACAUACAGAAAUGAUGUGCCUGUUUAGCUUGCCCAGUCUGGUGUGAGUGGCACUUUCCAUGUUAAGGCGUGUUGGAUAAAUCUGUGAAAAUCCACAGACAGUAGUGUAUUGUAAAACCAUGGAAGCCCUUUGAAACCUACUGUAAGCAAACUCUCAAUCUUAGCUUUAUCUUUAUCUUAUCUCUCUCUGUCAUAAUUCAUGUGCUUUGUUACGAUGAGUGCACAUGAUGGCAGGUUGUACCUGACUGAUAUUUUAGAAGUGAAUUUGAGUAACAUGCUUUCCUGUAAAUGUAGCUUGUUCGUUCUGCAAUCAUAUACACUAAGGCUAAGCUGAAAAUAUUUUCAAUUAUUCUUUUUAUAAUCUCCUCAGAAUGCCCAUUUUUUUCCCAAACGACAACAGUAUUUGUUUUUAGGCAUUCAUAGCAAUACCCCCAAUGUCUACAGCCUAUGGCUAAGGGAAUUGGCUACAUGUGGCUAGUUUAAGUUGUACAGUAUCAAGAGCAUUAUUGAGCACUACAGCAGCACACGGUGGGUCAAGUAUGUUGCCCAUAUAGUACUAAAUACAUUUUAGAAAUAUCAUUAAGCAUUGAUGUGCAUGGCAUUUCAUCAUGCUAACUUUCAAAUCGUUCCUCAUAUUACCUCAUAUUUGAAUGGCAGUAAUGACAUCACUACCAUUAUUAUCAUUGCAUUUAGACAUGCGACAGUUGCAGAAUAUUGUGGAAGUUUUAAGAUCUGUUGUCUGUAACCUUUGUUAAAUUUCCCAAACUGAUACAUACACUCAGCUUUUUUAUAUAGCUUAAGUUUAAAGGGGGAAGACACUGCAUUAUUUCACCCACCUGAGAACAGAGUAUCAAAGCGUAACAUGCACAUGUGUGAAUAAUUCCGCCCAUUGUAUGUCGUUGUAUUGACUGAUAAGGCAACAUAUUGUCACUUUUUACCACCAUAAGUAUUAAAAUAUGUGAUGUGGCAAUAUGGCAACGUUGGAAACUAACUGGUCCUGUAUACAUCUGCCCCUGUAUGAUAGAGCAAUGUUUCUUUCUUUCCAAAAAUGUGUCAACAAAAUUCUUCAAAACUGCAACGCUAAGUUCAGCUUUGAGUCAUCAUAAGCAGUCAGUAUUCGCUGACCAAACAUUGUUUUCAACAGAAUGUAAAUCAAGCUGCUGUUACUGAUUUUAACAUUUUAAUAAUGGUUUAGUCAUUACCAUUUCACAUUAUUCAGAGUGUAACACACCUGUAGCAGCACUUUUUGGUUAUGUCAUACGUACAUGUAGAACAGACACAAAGUGAGGUUUGCAUUUUUCUUCUAUAAUAAAAUCAAAAGCUGAAAGCAUUACUUAUAAUUCAAGUGAUAUGCAUUAUUUCGGUGGAAGUCAUGGU